AUGAACUUCCUCGUUACCCGAGCCAUUGUCGGAAAUAAAAUCGGCUCACCUGGUCCACCCGGCUCAUCUCGAGCUGUUGGACAAAGUCUGGAUAAGAGCAGUGAGGAGGCGCCGGACCCUGAUGGGUCGACUUUUAGACUCAUUGCGUCUAAUCCCUCAGCAGUCAGCUGCCAGCCGCACCACCAUCAGCGUCUGCGCAAAUAUCCAGUCAUCCAUCACAAGCCAACCGAUCGCCAUGCUCUUUCGCACUUCCUGUUUCCAUUCGCUUUGCAGCGGCAAGGGCCAGCGCGCACUCAAAACAGGACCGGUACUGUCGAUAGCUUCUCACUUUCCAGAUCGUUUCCUAGCGGAGGAUCGGCACGCGCGUUCCACAACCAAGAUCUUCCUCGCCAUCCGUUCCCCUUUUAUUACAGCCGACCUCAAGAAGAAAAAGAGCUUUUUCGUCGAUUGAAAGAAAAGCCCCAUCUUACGGUCUUGCAAGGACCCUCAGCUUGUGGAAAAAUCGCACUUUCGCGACAUGUCACAACCCAGCUUCGAUCUGAUGGCACCCCAGAGUUCCAUCCGCUGACCAUUGGUCUUUUGGCAGUGCAUAAGGACCGGUUUCUCGACGCCUUUACGGACGGUAUGAGUGGAUCGGCGGCGGAGGAAAACGUAUGGAAGUAUGUAUACAACAGGUUGAAGAUUCGUAGCAACAACUCCUCUUUAGAGGCAGUCGGAAUCGAAUCUUACAAACAAACGGCAGCCGCGGUUUUCAAACAAGUGGAAAACCAUCUCAAGCCAUCAUCGUUUUCCUACGAGGAAAGAACCCCUGUACUAAUCAUCACAGAGGCAGAUAAACUCAAAGGCAUGGGUGACGAGGCAAUACGGGCUUUUCUUGACUUUGCCGUUCGAGUGACCGAAGAAGAAGCAAAAAUGCACAUCAUUUUCACGUCGUCUGAUUCGCUCUUUGUGAGUUGGCUCAAACAACGUAUCAAUCCCGCCCACUUCUCGACGCUUGUUGUUGGUGACCUGUCCCGCCAGCAGGCACAUGAUUACUUCCUCCAAGUGGUCAAAAACGAUCGACAGCUUUCAGAAGAAGACAAAACUCUACUAUCAUCCGUGAAAUUUGAUAUUCCUUUUAGGAUAACCGGGGGAAGAAUGUACAUCAUUAAUAGAUAUGUCUCAGAAGUAAACAGUUCUGGUUAUUUCGAUGAUCCUAUGCGCUUUGGGGUUACAAGUAAUGCAUAUUCCAGAAUGACAGGUGAAUUUGUUGGUGGUGCAAAAAAAACUUACGGCGGAGCAGAAGCUCUCACUGUUGGCCAGCUCCUAAUCAAUUCCCCUGGAUAUAUACCCUACUCCACUCUGGUGGAAAAGCUGGGCAGGGAAGUUGUUGAAGAGAUGCUGGAAAGAAACUUGCUUGAUUUACGAUCAAAUUCAGACUUCUCCAGUGACCUGGUACCUUCUCCUACUGAACCAGUUUUAACCCCCACAAGUGAACCUAACCUACGCGCCAUGGAAAAACUAGUAAAACAAUUUCAGGAAUAUUAG